AUGGACGGCAGACAUGAGUCAUCUGAAAACCCAAGGAACAAGUGUGCUGCGUGCUACAGACAGUACAACAAAAUGGAGCAUCUUGUUGAACAUAUGAAGGCUUCCUACCAUUCGAAUCACGAACCUGUUUGCGGAAUUUGCCAGAAGCAUUUCAGAUCCUUUGAAUCUCUGAGGGAACAUGUCAUAGGACCUCUGCCCAAAGCAGAAUGCGAAAGGAUAUUCAAGGAAAGAGGGUGCGACCUCUGUUUAACCAUCCUCUCUAGCCGCUAUGCUCUUCAGGCUCACAGAGGAAGAUGCCAAUUCUCACGUGGAAACAAUGGCUUGAUCCACCGGAUGGCUAACUUGGGCAUUCAAGACGAGAUGAGGAUUGAUAAUAGCAGAGGGAAAGUGAUUUCGCUUGCUUGCAAGAAGGUCGGAGGUGGCACUGAUGGAUCCUUAGAUUUAUGUGCGAGAGUAUGCCUCAUAGACGAGCAUGAGAAAAUAAUCUUUCAAGCAUAUAUCAAACCACCCCUUCCUGUCACAAACUAUAGGUACGAGACAACAGGUAUACGCCCGGAAUUUCUAAGGGAUGCCAUGCCACUAAGGCAGGUGGCUCGAAAGAUUCAAGACUACUUAUGCAAUGGUGAACCCAUAUGGCAGAUCCGUUCCAGGGGUGGAAAAGCUAGGAUCCUAGUGGGCCACGGAUUGGAUCAUGAUUUGAAAUGCCUGGAAGUGGAGUACCCAGAUAUAAUGAUCAGGGAUAUAGCAAAAUAUCCUCCAUUAAUGAAAACAAGCAAGCUCAGCAACUCACUGAAAUAUUUAACAAAGGCUUACCUUGGAUAUGACAUUCAAACCAGCAUACAAGAUCCGUAUGAAGACUGUGUUGCGGCAAUGAGGCUAUACAAGAAAAUGAGAUCACAAGUUCAUAACAUGGGUGAUUAUCCUACAACGUCAGACCUGCAGAACCGGAAUAAUUUAGCAUCAAGGAGGCAAAGUGAGCUUGAAAGAAUGACUCCACAACAGAUGUUGGAAAUAUCGAGGUGCGAUUAUUACUGCUGGUGCUUGGAUUCCAAAUAA